AUGGAUCCACGUAUGCGAGAGCAUAUCAAAGACAGGUUUAUCGAUAUGGUAGAGCCAUCUCGCAACACAGUUCGACCUCCGUCGUACAACACAAAACAUAGAGGUCAACCUGUAGAUAGAGAUGAACAAAGUACAUGUCGCAUAUCUUCUUUUUCAGAAGCAUCCACUUCAGGAUCAAGGACUGCAACAUCGCGAGUGAGAGGGAGAGGGAGAUGUGGGAGGAGGUCGGGGGUUCGCAACACUCAAUCUACAGUUCCACCCAUCUCUGAUCGCUACAUUCAGCGAUUACCUCAGGCUUUUCAACGUUAUAUUUCCCACACUGUUGACGUGCUUGGUGACGGUUAUUGUGGAUUCAAGGCAAUAGCUGCACAAAUCGGUGUGAUUUAUCCAGCAUAUGAUUGGGCAAACCAUCUACUACACUUACUAGAUUGCUUCGAGCCUAGGGCAUCAGAAGCACAUUGGAUGGAGGCUAUGACUUUAGGAGUUGUCAUCGCAACAAGGUACAACCUUGUACUGCAUACAUUUGAGGAGAAUGUUUUUGGUUGUUUUACUCACUUGCCAUUGAGGUCUCCUCCAGUUCCAGUCGAAGACCGUCGGAAAAUUGCUAUUGCCCGUGUUGACCAUCACUUCGUGCAAGUUUUCUUAGAACCUCAUUACCCUAUACCACCCAUCCCAAGAUGGUGGGAGGAGCAUGCAUCAAACGAAGCUAAAGGAUGGGUUGCUAGUUAUGGAAUUUGCAAUUGUGGUACGAAGUAA